GUAGUAAACCAUGACAGAAAGCGAGUCUGACGUCUUUGUACAUAAAGGAAGAAAGUUUAGAAGAAUAAGCCAGUCUAGCCCUAGUUUACCAAGAGAUGAUGCUAAUUCUAGUCCAGUACCUCGAUAUUCACUCCAAGCUCCUCCAGCCAUUGCUGCUCAUCCCGUCCCCUCUCGUUCUCUUAUUCUUCCUCCUCCCCAGCCUCUCAGCAGCAAACAGAGCAGACCAAUGUCUGCUAGAGGACGUCCCAAACCCAAUGCAAUCCUAGCCUCAAAACUAGACCCAGUCAAUGAAUACAGAAUGGAGUUUGCCCUCCAGCAUUCUCAGCCACUGCCUCCUAUAUCCAGCCAACAGUCAUCCCCAAAGCCUACGAUACAGUCACGUCCUGAGCAUCAGUCCAAACUAUUAGAGGUUGACUCUGCAGUUGAUCUUGACUUCACAUCACAAUGUGGAACACCAAUCGACAUACCUCUCUCUAUCCUCCGAACACUCAACAGCAACAGCAUAAUCACAACUAGCACUACACCGAACAACUCACCCAAACAAGCUCUUAAAGAAACACUUAAAGCAAGGGAAGGUACUACUAGUGUACAGUUAGGACUUAAACUACCUAACAGUGAACGGAUACAACACGAGUUCCCUUUAAAUGCUACAAUAAAUGACGUCAUAAAAUAUGCAGAGAAAGAGAGUGGUAUUGAUCUAAAAGAUUGCAUAGUGAGCACUAAUGGACUAACAAGAACAGCUCUUAAUGAUAAACAAUUGACACUUAAUGAUAGUAAUAUUACCGUACGGACUGUAUUAUAUUUCUCAUUGCCAUAAAAUUAAUAAUAAAGUUUUGUUGCUAUUAAUGUAACCUAGU